CUUAAAUCGAUAGUAUACUUUUGCCAAUUUGUACAAUUAUCUUAAAAAAACAUUGUGGUUUUAGGAAGCAUAAGCUAUGAAGUUUUAUAAUAUCUUUAUCCUUUUCUUGUGUUACCUGGAAUUUGGAUUGGCAGAACAACAAUUUAUUUCUGUAGAGCUUCACACAGACAACACGGAACAACCAUAUACAGAGAGCAACAAGAUUUUCCUGUUGAGCUUGUCUACCAUUCAGAGGAUGAUGUUACUGCACUUAAGGGAAACACUGUUACAUUUGUGUGUAGCUUUACUGGGAAUCCAACUCCUAGUAUCACGUGGGAUAGAAAGUCGGGCGGGACACUGUACAACGAUCGCAUUAUUCAAAAUUACGAAGAACUAACUAUAAAAGACUUAGUGUAUGAAGACGCUGGAACCUACGAGUGUAGGGGAAUGAACCCUGUUUCAGAACAUGCCAUUAAACACAGCUUUAAGUUAGAGGUAGAAUCUGUACCGGAGUGGGUAGCAGAGCCCAAAGAUGUUGCUGCUAGAGUAGGCGGAGAGGCCGUGUUUGAGUGCAAGGCUGAAGGUCGUCCAGCUCCAAAAAUACAAUGGUUCAUGAACGGUAUACCUCUGGAAGAUUGGAAAGAUGACAGUUGUAGAAUUGUAACAAAUGGGCAGUUGCAAUUUUUGAACUUGGGACAAGAAGAUGCUAAACGCAUACAGUGCAAUGCCUCAAAUCACCAUGGCUACCUGUUGGGGGAUGUUGCAUUAAACAUUAUGGCACCUCCUGACCAACCUACAGACGUCACUACCAGUGCAUGUAUGAGCCGUAGUGCAAAUGUAACUUGGACAGAGGGAUUUAACAAUUUUUCUCCUAUCACAACGUUCUAUGUUGAAUACAACCACUCAUUUGCUCCGAAUUUUUGGAAUAAGGGUGCUAUUGUGACAGACCCAUCAAAGACAGAAGCCAAAGUCUGGCUUUCACCCUAUGCUCGCUAUACAUUUAGAGUUAUUGCUGAAAACGAAAUAGGUAGAAGUAUGCCAAGUGAUCCUAGUGUUAAUGCAUGUGCUACAGAAAGUGACAGGCCAGAAAAACACCCGACCAACGUUCAUACAGAUAUAAGUAAAACGGGAUGGCUAAUCGUCAAAUGGGAUAGAAUGGAAGAGAUAGAACACAACGGACCAGGCUUCAGAUACAAUCUUAUCAUAAAGGAAGAUGGCAGAACUAUCAAGACUGAAAUUUAUGACUGGACUGUUAAUAAACAGGAAAUAUAUAUGGGUACUGUGUACGAACCAUAUGAAAUUCAUGUUGAAGCUGAAAAUGAAAAGGGACCAUGUCCAUACCGCACAGUUAUGCAUAUUGGACAUAGUGGGGAAGCAGCUCCUCUUAUAACACCAGAUAAUUUUGAGCUAGUUGACAUUAUGUCUGCAUAUGAGGCAACAUUCCAAUGGGAUGCAGUCGACACAUCACCAGAAAAGAUACGAGGAGUGUUCAAAGGUUACAAGAUUCGUUACUGGAAGACUGGUCAGAAGAAUACCUCAAUGACGGUUAUAGAGGUGCCGAGAACACCCGCAAGGGACACUAGAAUUAAAAAGCGGGCUAUUACAGAAACUGUCACAGUGAAUAGUUUACCUCCUUUUUCUGACCUUGAGGCAGAUAUAGUUACGGCUAACACAUACUUCAUCUCUGACCCCAGCAACGUCGUCAGUUUCAGAACACCGGAAGGAGUUCCUGGCCCAGUGAAGAACGCCCAAGUUGUGGUAAGUGGAGCCCACCAUUUUCAAAUUCAGUGGGAGCCUCCGGAAGAACCAAAUGGCAUGCUUCUCGGAUAUGACAUUGGAUAUAGAAAAGUCAAUGGUUCAAACAUUGGAGAAGUACUGCGGACGGACAGGUAUGAUGAUCCACAACUUAGUCAGGCCUUGAUAGGAAAUCUUGAGGAAAACCAGCCGUAUAUGGUGUAUGUCUGGGCGAGGACAAUAAAAGGUCGAGGAGAAGAUUACUUUCUUGAUGCAAAAACUGCUCAUGCUGGAAAUAAGUCUGAGUUCUUCAGUCACCAGAUCAGCAGUUAUGCCAGUAUAUCGACACCAACAACGACACAAUGUGACGCCAAGACAUGCCAAAACAACACUUCAAAGCCAGUUAUGUACGACCUCAUCAGGUUACCGCAGUCCUUAUGGCCAAAAUUAUACAAUAUAACAAUUCAACCAUUUAUUUACGACGUUGAUCCAAUGGAGUUUUCGUUCGCAUGCGAAGCUAUAAUUCACAUGGAUUGUAAAGAAUCUACUGACCUGAUACUUAUACACUCUGUUGGCCACAAUAUAUCGUUCAUCUCCAUCGAGAAUGAGACUGGGACCAUAGAGCUAGUUCACUGGUGGCACAAUGACGACUUAGAAAUGCUGCAGAUCAAGUCAAAGUAUAUGCUUACUGAAGGAGAAGAGUAUGUCCUAACAAUACAGUCUGUGAGCAGUAUGUCUGAGAAUCUUAGGGGUUUCUAUUAUAGCCCAUAUAGGGAAGGAAAUCAAACAAAAUAUAUAUUUACAACCAUGAUGGAGCCAACAGAUGCCAGACGAGUAUUUCCUUGUUUUGAUGAACCUGACUUUAAAGCCGUAUUCAUUUUCAAUAUCAUUCGAAAAGAAGGACUUACAAGCUUAACAAAUCUACCACGAAGACUAACACUAGGACCUGAUGCUGAAGGUUACUAUACGGACAUAUUUGAUGAGCCAAGAAAUGUGCCAAUGUCGACAUACCUCGUUGCCAUAGCUAUCGGCGAUCUGGACAACCUAGCGUCCACCGUCAACAAUGUAUCGUUUAGAACCUGGUGUAGAAGUCGUGAAGUUAAUAAAACCAAGUACGCCCUGGAGAUCGGCAUGAAGUUUAUGGAAUUCUUCGAGGAUUACUUUCAGAUACCUUAUUCGCUCCCAAAGGAAGAUAUGAUAGCUGUGCCGACUAUGUCAUUCGCUGGCAUGGAGCACUGGGGCCUGAUCACAUACCGUGAAAAUAUGCUGUUUUAUGAGGAAGGUGUCUCCUCCCUUAACGACAAGGAAACGAUGACCAUAAUCAUUGCGCAUGAAGUCGCUCAUCAGUGGUUUGGAAACUUGGUUUCUCCAUUCUGGUGGGAUGAUCUAUGGCUUAACGAAGGUUUCGCUACAUACAUGAUGUUUCUGGCAGUUGAUCGGGUGUUGCCGAGCUGGAACAUGGUUAACAAACAGAUUGUGGAGACACGCGGUUUACAGAAUGUUAUGCAAGCUGAUGACGAUAACAAUACUCAUCCUGUUUACGUUGAUGUCUAUAAUCCUGAUGAUAUUGCCAACAUAUUUGAUUUGAUAUCUUAUGCAAAGGGUGGCGCUGUCAUACGGAUGAUGAAUUUCUUCCUAGGAGAGGACACAUUUCGGAAAGGACUCACGCGUUACCUUAAAGAUUUUAGUUACAAGACAGCCACUCACAAGGAUCUAUGGUCCUCCCUUUCUCAGCAAGCUGUGGUCGAUAAUCAUACUUUUACGGACGUGACCGCAGUUAUGGACACGUGGGUACUAGAAGAAAAUUACCCAGUUGUCAAAAUGUCACUAAUUGAUGACCAUACCAUUCAGUUAACUCAGUCUGCAUUUCUUGAAACUGCAGAGCAAAGAAAAGACCGUUCACAUGUAACAUGGAAAAUUCCGUUUGUGUAUACGACGGACAUAGAAAGAAAUUUCAACAAAACAUAUGCUGAUAUAACAUGGAUUUCUAACAAGACAGCUUACAUCAAAGUUUCUGACACAAGCCUUCGGAAUGCCUCGUGGAUCAUCGGCAACAUACAACAGUAUGGUUUUUAUCGUGUUAAUUAUGACGAGCAUAACUGGAACGCUUUGCUUGACCAACUGAUUGCCAACCAUACUAUAAUACAUGUUAUCAACAGAGCUCAAAUUAUCAAUGACGCUUGGAACCUUGCAAGGGCUGGUUUGCUGGACAUACAAAUAGCGCUAAAGACACUCGACUAUUUAGAUAAAGAGCUUGACUUCGUUCCAUGGAAAGCGGCGCUACGAGAGCUAAAAUAUGUGAAAACAUCACUGCAGUUGACUGCGUUAUAUGGAUUGUUUGAGCAUUUUAUGAGGGGGAGAUUAAGGAAAGCAUACUUUUCUACAGCAGUUGCCAGGGACCAUUACAACAGACUUCAGUAUUCAAUGAUUUCAAACAUUGCUUGUGAGUAUGACCUUGAAGAGUGCAUUGACGACGCAAUGGACAAGUUUAAUGCCUGGAAAAAUGAUAAUAACGUGAGCAUGGAUCCAGAACUGAAAGAGAUGGUGUAUUGUAUAGGUGUCAAACAUGGCGGUCAGGAGGCAUGGGCAUAUGUACUAAGAAACUUUAUUGAUAGCGAAUCUACGAGUGAAAAGCAAUUCCUACUUGAUGCUUUAACAUGUUCCACACAACCAUGGCUUCUCAUGACACUUUCAGAAAUGAUGUUCAGUACAGACGUAUUCUCGAAAACUGAAAAGGUUUCAGUGCUGGCCAGACUGUCCGGCACACCAACCGGUCGUCUUCUGGCGUGGAAUAUCCUUGAAGACAACUGGAAAUCUAUUCAAGAUGAGUUCGGUGAAGAUAUAAAUUUGUUCUCUGUAAUAAUAUCCGCCGUGACUCACUCAAUUAAUACUCCAGCUGAAUUAAAUCGGCUGAGAGGGUUUCUGCGACAACAGAAAAAUCUAGGACGUGCCAAGGCGAUGUUUGAAACAGCAAUAGAUAAGGCUGAAACCAAUAUAAAGUGGAAGGAUAAAUAUUACGACACAAUUAAAGCAUGGUUGAGCAACUAGCCUGAUUGGCUCAUAAACAUUGCUAGGAGAAACUGUUAAACGUUUUUCUGAUAGAGCUGUUUUACUGUCUUGUAAAUUAUCAUGAGAAAUACGUCAGCAAGUUAUUUAUCUUAGAUAAGAAAGUUUAUCGUUUCUACUCUUUUGCACAAAACAGAUAUUAGCUGUGUUUUUCAAGAUUUACGUAACAUUGUAACUAUAUAAGUAAAAAGUGGUAACAUUAAAACUAUCAGUGUA